GGCAGGAGCAUGAGAUCUGGAUCUUUUAGGGGAUCCAUAUUGGGGUGACACAUGGGGGAGAAGCAGAUGGGACAAGAGAGGGGGACUCAUAAAGAUGUGACACACGGGGGGGCAGCAGAUGAUGCAAAAGAGGGGGAACCCAUAGUGGGGGUGACAUGGAUCAGUUGGGGCCCGGUAUUGGGGUGACACACGAGGGGCAGCAGAGGAGGUGAAUGGGGCAGAACCUGGAUCGACUGAGCCAGGCUCUAUGUUGGGACAAUACAUGGGGUCGGGGGGGACCCUAUGGGGGGGUUCAUGUGGGGCAGCCUUGGGGCCAAGCAGACUGGAGGGAUCCCACCUCUCCUGUCUCCUUUCUCCAAGAAAGGAGCGUCCCGGCCGGGAUCUAUUUCAAGCCCUGGGCUCCUCCGAGCCAAACUUGAAGAUGCUGCUAUAGUUAGCCCUUGGCACGUCACCCCCCCCCCGGCACCCCCCGGGAGCUCUAUAUAACCCCAGGGGGAUUGGAGCACUCCCCAGCCUGCCCAGCUUCCCCUCCAGCACAGACUUCCCAACAGCUGCGCCCGCCCGCGGAGAGGAGAUGGCACCCAAGAAGGCGAAGAGGAAGGCAGCCGAAGGCAGCUCCAGUGUCUUCUCUAUGUUUGACCAAACCCAAAUCCAGGAGUUCAAAGAGGCCUUCACCGUCAUUGACCAGAACAGAGAUGGCAUCAUCGACAAGGAAGACCUGAGAGACACAUUCGCUGCCAUGGGGCGCCUGAACGUGAAGAACGAGGAGCUGGACGCCAUGAUUAAGGAAGCCAGUGGCCCCAUCAACUUCACCGUCUUCCUCACCAUGUUUGGGGAGAAGCUCAAGGGUGCUGACCCCGAGGACGUGAUCAUGGGGGCGUUCAAGGUCCUGGACAGCGACGCCAAAGGCACCAUCAAGAAGCAGUUCCUGGAAGAACUUCUGACCACCCAGUGCGACAGAUUCACCCCAGAAGAGAUCAAGAACAUGUGGGCAGCUUUUCCUCCAGAUGUGGCCGGCAACGUGGACUACAAGAACAUCUGCUACGUCAUUACACACGGUGAAGACAAAGAGGGGGAGUAAAUCCAUCAGGCCUACCCAAAUUGCCCUGCCCCCCUGACGCAGGGGGCUGGCGCUGUGGGGUCCCAUCCACCCACACCCCCCAGGUUGGGGGCAUCUCCCCCACAUGACGCCAAAUCGGCUUCAGUUUUGGACCCCCAAACUGCAGAUGCCGGUCUUAUUUAUUGUGAUUUUGGGGUGGGGAGCUGGGACCCCACAACCUUGCCCUUCUCCACCCUGCAGCCAGAGUCUUAAGAAACUGAUCAGGACCCGUGACAAGAAUUGAGAAAAAAUGUUUCAAUAAAGAUGAGGAAACCUGUUUUUAACUCU